AUGGAAAACGGAUAUAAAGACCUUGAUUCAAAUACUUCUAAAGCUGAUGAAUAUGUAGAGCUUAACCCUUAUGAGACCUACAAAAAGAGUUUUUCAUGGCUUUGAGAAUCACCAAAGGAUUUGUGGAUUUUAUAUAUUGUUAAGCUUGUUGGGUUCAGUGGGUUUAGCAUAGGUGUAGUUGCUAACUCUAUUUAUGUAACUGAGAUCCUUGACUUUUCUGAUACAGAAUAUGCAUUUUAUGCAUUUAGCCAAUCACUUAUUGUAUGCUUCUACGCUUUAGCCUUGGGUUGACUUAUUGAUAGACUUGGGGUAAGGAUCUCAAUGCUUUUGACAAAUGGUGCAGGAAUAGCCUCAUAUACACUAUUAAUAAUUGUUUCAAGCACAGCAGUUCGCUUGUGUGUGCUGCUAUUUAUAUUGACUAUUACAUGGAGUAUUAACAAUGCAUCAGUUAAAUUAGGAAUAAAAAAAUAUACAAGUCACCGCUCUCGAAGUAUUGCUUACUCAAUGUUUACAGUGUUUAUGUCACUCUGUGUAGGAAUCGCUUCAAUUAUUGUAGGAAUUAGCUUUAAUUUUGGCGAUGAUGAGGAUGAUAAUUAGAUUAGAUUAAAAUUCUAGAUUAUUUCAGCCUUAUGCCGUUCCAUGGACAACUUUUACCUUAACACUAGCGCUGUCCUUGUGCCUGCCCUUUAUUCCUGACGUCAGCAAAUAAUGGAGAUGUGGAAGGAUUUCGUGGAGAUCGCCCUACUCAUCUUCUUGGUCCCACUAAACAACAAAAACUCUUUCAACCUCCGAAAGGACUAGGAGUAUAUUUAAACCGCCUUUGACUCCCCUUGACUAUCGGAGCUGUACCAUAGGCUCGGUAAUCCUCCCAUGGAGUACUGAAGGAUAUUGCACCGGUAAGCAGUCUGCAAGCGAGGAAAAAAGCCGAGGUUUUAAGCCAUGUGCCAAAUAUCCACCCCGGAGAACUCCACAGCGUGGCCUACUCCUCUAGGUCUAUAUCAACUCACCUAUCACUAGAGACCAUGCUAGAUCACUCGAUUUUAAUAAUUCUUGAUGAGGAUGAAGAUACUUAUUUUGUUCUGUUUUUGAUUGCAGCAAGUCUUAUGGGACUUGGCUUUGCUCUGUCGAUUUUAUUGAGGGAGCUGGAUUUUAAUAUGAGGGGAGAGGAAGAACUUGAUAUUGAUACAAAAAGAGAAACGAAAUGGCAAGCUUUUAAGGCUGCAUUUAGCUAUAAGUCAUUUUGAAGACUGAUGGGAGUAGCAUUUUGUAUUUCUUUGACGAGGACUGUUUAUGUUCACGUCCUGUAUACUCUUCCUUUGUAUAUGGAAAGGGAUCUAGGCAACGACUCACAAUUUGCCUAUGUCAUAGGCUCUAUCCAACUAAUGACGAUAAUUUUUACUCCAAUUAUGACAGUUAUGGUUUAUGAUUCACUCUCUAUUGAAUGUCACAUCAACCAGCUAAAAACAUUGAGAAGCAAAGGUUUCAAAGACUAAAAUUAUAUAGAAUCGCACUUUAAAAUUAUGCAAUAAUUAAAUCAGAGUUUAUUUAAUCUAAUAGAAUAUAUAAUGAGUAAGAUUGAAAAAUAUCAGUAUAACUAUAAUUAGUUUCUUAUUUUCUAAAGAUUAUUAUUCAGUAAUAAAUUAGGUAAUUUUUAUUCUUAUAAGCCUGGCAUAUUAUUAUGAUAAAUACACAAUCCUAAUUAUAGGUGGAUCUUUAUGUGCUAUAUCUCCAUUGGCACUUAUUUUUGGGGGAAAUUAUUUUACAAUUCUGACUUUUGCUUUUAUUUUAUCUAUAGGAGAUAGUAUUAGUUUUCCAAGGCUUAUCGAGUAUACAUUGGAGCAAGCUGUUCCUGGGAGAGAGGGCUCAUAUUUUCUGCUUUCAAGCUUCCCACUUACAGUUGGUAGCUUGAUUGCAGGACUUUCAAGUGGACUACUGCUUGGCGAAUAUUGCCCAGAAGAUGGGGAAAAUCGAUGCUGGAUGGUUUGGCUCGUAAUUUCUUCAAUUGCGCUAGUCGGGGCUAUUUCCUUGUUUUUCUUGAGAAAAUGGCUUGAGCAACCAGUUUUAGAGCCAAAUCCAUAUGUUUCAUGGAGCCAUGAAGCGGACAAUGACAAACAUAAUUAA